CAACAAACUAACGCCAUAACGGAGAGAACAGCUGCCAUCUACAUCCAAACAUGCAGCCACCACCGAGAAAGGUAAAGGAGAGCCAGCAGAUGAAGGUGGUGUUCUCAGAGCAGCUCAGCAAGCUGCAGACCAAACAGCAUCAGGACACUGAACUGCUGGAGGAGAUCAGGUCCUUCAGUAAGCAUCGCGCUGCUAUAGAGAAAGAAUAUGGUCAGGCUCUUCAAAGGUUAGCUGUCCAGUACCAAAAGAGAGACUGGCAGAGAGGAAAUACAGAUGUGAUCACUUCUGGGAGUGUGUUUAGCGUGUGGCGAUCUGUGGUCGAUGCUACAGCUCAGACUGCGGCAUCGAGACUUUUCGCUGCAGAAGAAUACCGUCGACUCAGUGGGCAAGUCUCCAAAAGUCUCCGCAAUGCAAAGGAUGUCCGGGCUAAGAGAGGCCUGGAACGGCUGCAGAGGGUGCAGGCUGAAGUGGUGGAUGCUCUACGGGAACUACAAAGGGUCAAGAAGUGCUACCACGACUUCAGUCACAUUGCCAGUAUUGCACGUGAGAAAACUGCAGAUGCACAGGCCAGAGCUAGAAAAAGCGAACAUGGAAUUUUUCACUUCAAAACAGGACUCCAUAAAACGACCACUAAGCUCACUGCCAGACUCAAAGAGUGUGAUGACCGCUUGACUGAAGUUCGUAAUGAGUAUCUGCUGACAUUAGCAGCAGUCAGAGCCCAUCGGCAGCACUACUACACAAACGACUUACCAUUUAUUAUGGAGCAAAUGGAUGGUGAUAUUUAUGAGGAUUUGAGAUGCCAUUUCACCCAGCUGUGUGGGACUGAGAUGGACUGCUGUCUUCAUACACACAAACAGUACAGCGGCGUGUGGGACAGUGUUGCAAAGGUGACCAGAGAGAGAAAUGUUCAGCAGUUUCUCCAAGAAUCGGUAUCUUUCAGCAAAACCCCUGAAUUUACCUUCCAGCCUGCUCUACGUGACAAGGUGUCAGUUCUGCAGGAAGUUUGUGGUUCAGAAGAAGAGGGCUGCCUGGUGAAGGAGGCUAAGAAAUGGACUACCAAGGUGGCUAAAGACCACAAGAUCAUUGCCCACGGAGAGAGGGCUCUACAGAUGUUAGAGAGCCGACUGAAGCUCCUAUCCGGGGAGACGGCGCUCAGUGUGGAGCAGAAGAUAGCAGAGGUACAGGAAAGCGUCAGGAAAGCCAAGCUGAACAGGGCGAAGGCCGAGGCUCGCCUGGCCCUGCUGUCAGAGAGCACACCAGGAACAGAACAAUGGCUUCACGCUGCCAUGAAACAGGUGGAAGAGGAGUUGGAGAGAGAGCGACAUCUCAGCGAACAGAGGAAGUCUACUGAAGACUUUUCAGAGGAUGAGUUUGAGCUGACUGACUUUGAGGACUACGAUGAUAAUGGAGAGAUCUUCACAGAUCCAGUGUCAGCAUCUGGAGUGUGUGUUUACCCUGCAGCCUGCAGAGUUAUUUACAGCUAUCAGGCUAGCCAAUCAGAUGAGCUGUCAAUCAUGGAAGGGGAGGAGCUUCAAGUAAUCGAGGAUGGAGAUAUGGAGGACUGGCUGAAGGUGUGUAACUCGUGUGGUCAGGUGGGCUACGUUCCUGAGCGGUAUGUGCAGCUCCUGUGUCUGCCAGCAGAGGACAGCACUCCGCUGGACAGCUCAUUCAGCUCCACCUCAUCCACUGUGACUAAAGAGACGCCAGGGAGUAGAGGUGUAGCCAGGGCUCUGUACGCCUACCAGGCUCAGAGCGCAGAGGAGCUUUCCUUCCAGGAGGGGGCGCUAAUACACCUGAUACGCCGUCCACGUGGAGAGGUUGAUGAUGGUUUUUGGGAGGGAGAGCUGAACGGACACGUCGGCGUCUUCCCAUCGCUGAUGGUAGAGCUCGUUCACAAUGAAGAGGAGGAUGAGGGAGAAAAAGAGGAGAUGGAGCCUCUUCCAACCCCAACCAUGCCCCUUUUCUCCCCUCCCAUCCCCACACCCUCAGCUCCUAGCUGUAAUUCAGAACUGAGUGCUGCUUCUCCAAGCAGUAUGGAGGACAAACAGCAGGCUGCUCUAAUGGAGGGAUCAAAGCUGGCAGGCAACAGACUGGAGGCUGGAACCAGCAGCCACAGCUCUCCUGACCACUCCAGCACUCCACUGAGACCAUGUCGAGCACCUCCUCCACCUCCAACACAGAAGACUUCAUCUCAGGCUUGAGAUAGACUGGAGUCAUAGCUGUCUUGUUACAGCCAAAACAUUGCUGAUUUGUGCCAUUUAUGUAUCGUCAGGUGGUUUUCUUGGUCAUGUGAGGCAUCACACAAGUACAGUAGUUGCAAUCUGUGUGUGUAUCACCGCUCUGUUAAUCGUCGCUUUUGCAGGAACAACAGGUUAUCAAGAAAACAUGGCAGCUUAGAUCCAGAGCAUUGUUUUUUAGUACUUGACCUUUUAAAGACUGCCAAAGCACUGUUACAAGGAAUAUCAAAAUGCCAAUUUUAUUAAUACAACUUGUAAAAAUAAGAAAUUGCACAUGCAAUACGACUUUGAACCACAAGACAGUCCAGCGAGUCUGUCCUGAAUCCAAAAUGAGACAUUUCUAUAUGAGUAUUACUAAAGCUAGAGCUAGAUCAACAGUCAGGAUUACAGUAUACGUCCCCACCUUGUUUGGGCAGCUAGAAGAGCAAAGAAGCAUUACAAAGUCAUUUAUAUGUAAAGAAUGUAAUACUUGACAUGAAACUUUUACAAAAAGUAUCUUUUUAAAGCGGCAUUGUAAAAACAAACUUAAUUGAUUGCAGUCGUGUGAAAAAGAAAGUUUUCACAGCACUCCAUACACUUCUGUGAAAGCUUAUAUAUCACUACUUUUUUAAUAGGAAUUAACAAGUUACAUGACAGCCAACUGUUUAUAAUCAAAUGUACUUGAUUAACAUGAAGAGGUUUUGGCAGUUUGCUGGUCUGGAGCAUGGAGGUGUGUGUAACGCUGGUACUUUCUCCCCAGCAAACUCACUCCAAGUUCAGACUUUGCAUCUUACACUCUUCAGACCCCAGUAAGUAUGUUAAAUAUUAAAGUUGAAUGUGCACAAACCCCAACUAAUCGAAGCAACACUGUAAAGAAGAGCGGGCUAAAACUCCUGCACAAUACUGUGAUUCAUAAAGAAAUACAGAAAGUUGUUGUUGCUAAAGGUGGCUCUGCAGCUAUGCAACCCUUCCAAAAUGCAACCCUUCCUUCCCACAUGACUACACAAUCAUGUGUUAAACUUGGACCUCUUAAGUUUUAGUGUAGCAAUCACUAACAAACACAGUUCAGAUGUAACAUUAGGUAUUUGUUUUAUUUUCAUGAAGUCUAACAUUAGCUAGCAUACAUGCUAUUCUAAACGGCAACAGUUAAGCUAGUUAGCAUGUCGAAGGCUAACAUAUGAUCUACUUGUUUACCCUUAUAUUAUUAUAUUAUAAUAGCAAGGCUAGUGUCAUAAUUCAACAAUUUGCUUUUGGAUUUUUGAAAUAUCCUCUUCUAUAUAAUUGUUUUUGUACUGUAAGUCAUUGUUGUGGAAUAAAUUAAGUUAUUAAAUUUGGAGUUUGUUUGGUUAUUUAUGUAAGUCAUUACCACCUGAAUCACUGGGCUCUUGUGGCAUUAUCUAACAAGGAAAAAAGUCACACUCAGAGCUUUCAGAAGCACAGACCAGAGUUUUGUUUUGUUUUUUAUUGCAUCAGAAUAUAUUAUAAUCCAUCUGCUUAUUUACAUUUUCUUUAGUGUUUGUAUAAUAUUUUACAAAUAUUCCAAGCUCAUCACAAGAAACAUCUCUCAAACACUCACACUCCAGGAUUUGAUCAAGCUAAUUAUAGUAGUUAUUUUUGUUUGCUUGCUUAUUUAUUCCAGGUUUUGCAGCUUUCAGUGGCGCUUAAGUAGCAGCACCAGUUCUUAUCUCAAUGAACCACACAAAUUCCAAGAACUGGUUUUAUCUUGUCAGCCUGAAGCAGAAGAAAAAAAUGCAACUAAAGUGAAAACCAGAUGACGAGUCACGUGACUUUACAUACUUUUCUCUACUAACAAAUAUCACGGUUGUUUGUCAGUGUAACAUCAGUUCCUCACAUGCGGACAGUACAGGUGAUAUGUGAAGUAUAGACCUGCCUUUAUUCUGGUUUUAACUUCGAUCAGUCAAUACAUAAUCUGACCUCUGCAUAAAAACACAGCACUCUCCAUGAGGUCAACUUUUAUAUUUAAAGAAAAGAAAUCUGUGAAAUUCAUUGCAAUCGAAGCUAGGAAUGAGAUAUCUUAGCAACAAAUGUUUCUGAAUAACUGAUGCAAUGCUGCAAUCCAGUAACCUUGACUCAUGAUUUUAAGUUGAAUUCAUUAACCUGUAGAAAACAGACAGACUGAUCUAAUCAUGGUUAACCAGGAACUUAUAGUAUCAGUGUUUAAAUCAUCGACUUCAUUUUGACCGAAUACAAUUAUGUGAAUGAAAAUCCAGCUUUAGAUGGAAUCAUAUUGUUAUCAUCACCACAAAAAGAAUAGGUCUUAAAUCAUGGGCUCCAUAUUUUUUUUUAUAAUCCAGUCACUAUACUGUAUUUGAGCUUUAUUUUUAAUUGUACUUAGUCUAAGUGGAAAUUUUGAUAUGUUAGCGGUAAUUAAGAAUGUCAAGUUUUCACUUCAAGUCCUCAACUGUAAAAAUAAAAAAUAAAAUAGAACAUUAGUGAAUCAUCUGCACUGAACUAUACUUUUUAUUAAUCUCUGUCUCUCUUCCACAGCAUGACUUAAUUCUGUCUUCCUUCUCUCACCCCAACCGGUUACAGCAGAUGGCCCCGCCCCUCCUGAGCCUGGUUCUGCUGGAGGUUUCUUCCUGUUAAAAGGGAGUUUUUCCUUCCCACUGUCGCCAAAGUGCUUGCUCAUAGGGGGUCAUAUGCCAUCAUAUGGGUUUUUCUCUGUAUGUAUUAUUGCAGGGUCUACCUUACAAUAUAAAGUGCCUUGAGGCAACUGUUGAUGUGAUUUGGCGCUAUAUAAAUAAAAUUGAAUUGAAUUGAAGAGAAAAUAAGCUACAGACACCUGCUCUGUUAAGGCAAAUCAUAGGCAGUUCAUAUAGUUAUUUUUAUGUUUUCAAAGAGUAUAUAAUAUAUAUGCAUGUAAUGCCGAGUUAACUGUUAUGGGUGUUUAAUUAUAGUGCAUAAGUGAAAAAAAAAUCUUGUGUCUUUCAUAUACACAUAUCCAGCUGUGUAAAACAAACAGCCGUGUGAACAUAUCAUGUUGAAAAGUACAGACAUGUUAAUGCUGCUAGAAAAGUUUGCUGGAGAAUAAUGGAAAUACACGCUAACGCAUGAAGAUGCUAUGUGUUCAUUCAUUUAUAGUCAUGCAUAACACUGCACAAGGAAGCAAGCCAGUCAGAGGAUGGAAUGAAAAGCGAACACAUGGGAAAAAACGAAAACUGGGACACUAGACCAGGGACAUCCGGGUUUGUUUCUCACAAGGACAGGAAAUAAUGCUGAACUCUGAACUGUGUCUCUUAAACUUUCUGUUUUAACACAGCCGUAAGUGAGUCCCCAGGGCUCGAAGCACACAAGAAAGUACAAAGCUGAAUAAAUACAGAUUAGCCUCAUUUUAAGGCUACAUCAUUGAGAGCUAAGUGAGAUCAAAUUUGUCUAUAGCUUAUAUUGUAGCUUGCUAAACAAGUAUAUAACUUUGUGCUCCAUUCUCUUGUUCAAAGAUGGCCAAAACACUAAUAUUGUGGUUUCUGUCAGUAGUACGGAAAGCUGUAUAUUAACAUUUCACAUCCUGUUGUUGUCCACCUUUUCUCCCUGCUUUAUGAUAAUGUUUUAGGCUUUUCUUCAUCAGAAGAAGUGAGGGAGGUUCUAUACAUUAAAAGAUCAAUUAUAUGAUAAUGUAGUCUGAUAGCUAUAGCAGCUUUAACCAAAUUAAAACUUUGGUUAUCAGUGCUCAGCCUCAUCAGUUAUUUUAGUGACUAAAGUGUCGUUACACAAAAAUGGAACUAAAUUUCUAAACAACUAAAAGCAGACAAUAAAUCUCCUUCUGGCCUCUGGAAUAUAUAAGAGUCUGUAGUUGAAGCAUAUAAUGACCUUGUUACUAUUAAUAUUCAUUAAAUUAGACAAUAUAUAGACAUAAAAGUAAAGUUAUAAAUAAAGAAAGAAUGAAUAAUAUCACCCUGGUUUUACUCUGACACAUGGCAUUUCUUCAUAUAACCAUGUUUCAAGUUUCACAGCUACGAUCAACUGUACAAU